GCGUGGUGGCAGUGCGCGGCCGACUACCCAAGCAUCAACUUCGAGCAGGUCAGCCACGCUCGCUUCCAGUUCGCCAAGAAGACCGGGAAGAAGGUCGGGGCGUCCGACGUGGCGGGCGCCCAGUCCAUUGACGCCAGAUGGAAGAAGCUCCAGAAAUUCUUGCCGAAAGAGCUGAAG